AACAUCCUUCUUCCAAAUCCAACCGAGGGGGCAUCAUGAACGGCUACAAGUCCGAUAUCGGCCAUGGAGGCGACAACACCGACAAUUUCAAACAACCCUUGCUACUCCAACCAUCGUAUGGAAGAUCAACGUCGUUGCUGUGCGACGAGUUGCGCAGCUUCAGAAUAAGCCUCCGGUGGUGGGCACUAGAUCACUCCACAUGGAUAGGCAAAUUCGUAUCCUAUCUAACGUUUGCCAUCCUCGCCGUUUUCGUCCCUAUCGUUAGCUCCCUCCCGGUCUGGUUCCAGGUCCCAUCCUUUGUAUUUCCAAUGGAAGCCACCGCCUUCCACCUUCUGGUUCAAUUCCCCGAGUCGGCGUUGGCGUUCUUGGGAUUCUCCACCUUAACCUGCUUCUUCAGAAAAUACGGUUUGAGGCAGCUCUUGUUUCUCGACGCCCUGCAAGAAGAUACGACGUUCGUGAGACGCGGGUACACGUGGAAGCUGGACAAGGCGUUCCGUUUCCUGGCGUUCAUACUCCUACCGUCUUCCUUCGUUGAAAUCGUUCAUAAGGUCAUUUUCUUCUCCACCGUGAAGAUAUCGUUGCCUUAUGUAAGCGCGGGCUUCCCGUUGAACUCCAUCGCGUUCGUUUUGGUGUUGGGGUCUUGGGUUUACCGGACGGGCGUGUUCCUCCUCGUGUGCGUGCUGUUCCGGUUGACUUGCGAGUUGCAGAUACUGAGAUUCGAAGGGCUCCAUAAGAUGUUUGAGGGGUGUGGGUCUGAUGGUGGUGAAAUAUUUCAGGAGCAUGUAAGGAUCAGGAAGCAGUUAUCGGUCACCAGUCAUAGGUAUCGCUUCUUCAUUAUUGCGUCCAUAGUUGUCAUCACUGCCAGCCAGUUCGCAGCUUUGUUUAUGGUUUUGGCUUCGAAAUCGGAUAAAAAUUUCUUCAAUUCUGGUGAUCUCCUGGUAUGUUCAACGGUUCAGCUGAGCGGUUUCUUCUUGUGCUUUUCGGGUGCGGCGAGAAUCACACAUAGAGCCCAAGGAAUGGCAGCGGUUGCUAGCAGAUGGCAUAUGAACAUGACAUGCGCAAUGACAGGAGCCGAGCAAGGGAAAAAAAUCGACGACGACUUCCCACCUAAAUCUAACUGCAAUGAAAACGACUCCGAUGACUCGUCGGAUAUGUUCAUCAGCUUUCCCGAUCAACAUCCAUCCAACCUUCAAGCCAGGCAUGCUUUAGUGUCGUAUUUGGCGUAUAACAACAAGGGGAUCACGCUGUUUGGAUAUGCUCUGGAUCGAGGAUUGCUUCACACUCUCUUUGCAUUCGAGUUCUCCCUGGUGAUGUGGAUUCUCAGUAAGGUUGUUGUUUUGUCCGACUGAUUUACCUGAUCCAUCAACCUAGAGCUACAAAUCACCAACGCAAUCAAAUACUAAGCUUAAAUUACAUUACCCGUAAUAGGGGAUUAA